GGGAGCAGCUGGAGCUCAGGCGGAUCCGACAUCUUUCUGGGAAUUAUUAGAGAUGUGCGUGAGGUCUAACAGCCUGAGAGCGUUCGACAUUGAGCAACGAGACUGAGACAAGCACAGGGACAGGACCCUGGGAGCUUCACUGAUGCAGUGCAGUUUCGGAGUUUCGUCGAGAAAGGAAUGUUGGCACGAGCCCAGGAAACAACUCGCUGGCAUUCUUCCAGACAGUGUGACUACCACUCGGGUGGGAGAGAAAGGGCGAGAGAGACCCGCUCCAGAUUCUUAUCUGAAGGGAAAGAUGAGGCGUGAAGACCAACCUUCCGAAGGGAUUUCCAAUGGGGAUCACAGACUACCUGGAUGCUGGCGAUGUGGCUGCUGCUUUAGCCCAGUGCAAGGCCGCAGACUCCUUCAGCUUCAAGCAGUUCUGUGCAACGUCCGGUUUGGCGAAGAAAUCUUCCGAUACAGUCAACAAAAUCUUUAACAUCAUUGACGAAGAUGGCAGUGGUUACAUCGAGGCCAAGGAGCUCAAGUUCUUCCUUCAGAAUUUCUCCUCCGACGCCAGGGAGCUGGGCGACUCCGAGAUCAAGACUGUCCUCUCGGCCAUGGGCAUGAGCGACGAUGGGAAAAUGAAUGCCACCGAAUUCCAGAAACUGGUAUCCGCGUAGAGAAAAACGGGAGCCGCGGACACCCACAUCGCGUUGGCUCAGAACCUUGCGGAAGAAACAGUUAGUUAUUUGCGAACUAUCUCACCCACACUGUCCUCGUAACCAAUGCAGCAAAUCUUCCUCCCCCCUCCCCUCCACUGACAUGAUCUUUGUCAGAGAGUAUCCUGCCGAGGGUACAUUGUUUUACUGAGGUAUCAUGACAUCAAGGAACAAGAGGUGUGAGUGUUGUAAUACCAAUAAAAAAAAAUCCGAUGAGAAA